CUCGUUACCCAAAGAUCGCGAUACUGACACUAAAAUCUCGCCCUUGCGUUAUAGGGCCGGAAACCCCCUCGUGUCUUCCUUUCUCAACAUGGCACCGAAGGUGAAGAAGGAAGCUGUCCCUGCCAAGACUGAGGCCAAGUCGAAGGCACUCAAGGCCAAGAAGGCCGUGCUUAAAGGAGUCCACAGUCAGAAGAAAAAGAAGAUCAGGACUUCUCCCACCUUCCGUCGCCCCAAGACCCUGCGUCUCCGCAGAUCGCCCAAGUAUCCUCGCAAGAGUGCUCCUCGUAGGAACAAGUUGGACCACUAUGCCAUUAUCAAGUUCCCGCUGACCACCGAGUCGGCCAUGAAGAAGAUUGAGGACAACAACACACUGGUGUUCAUCGUGGACGUUAAGGCCAACAAGCACCAGAUCAAACACGCUGUCAAGAAGCUGUAUGAUAUCGAUGUGGCCAAGGUCAACACGCUCAUCAGGCCCGAUGGUGAGAAGAAGGCAUACGUCAGACUUGCACCAGAUUAUGAUGCGUUGGACGUUGCAAACAAAAUCGGCAUCAUCUAAACUGGGAAUGGAGAUAUGUGGAUAAAAAUAAAUAUUUGUAAAAAUAUUA